AUGGCGGAGGAGCGCCGGUUCCGCUCGGCCUCGGGGGUGCCGAUCUCGCUGCGGCGCCGCCAGCACAGCGCGUCCUGCCGGGAGCUGGCGGUGCGCGGCCCCCGCCUGCAGCUGCGCUCGCUCAGCGCCGCCACCUCCGCCGUCUGGCUGGCGGCCUACGGGCUCUUCGCAAUCAGCGAGAACAGCAUGGUGCUCUCUGCUGCCAUCUUCAUCACACUGAUUGGCCUGAUCAUAUACCUGCACUUCGUGAAGAUUGACCAGGAAUCCCUGUUGGUCAUCGGCUCACUUGGCAUCCAGGUGACUUCAUCCUAUGCCUCAGGGAAAGAGAGCACAACCUUCAUUGAGAUGGGUCAGGUGAAAGAUGUGGUUAUCAAUGAAGCCAUCCAUAUGCAAAAAGUCAUCUACUACCUGUGUAUCCUUCUCCGGGACCCUGAAGAUCCUCAGGGAGUAUCUGAGGUUGUGCCACUCUUUCAGAGCUCCAAGCCACGACUGGACUGCUUGAUAGAAGUGUACAAAAGUUGUCAAGAGAUCCUGGAGCAGAGGAAGACAGCUCCACAGUCAAGUGAAAUAAAAUAACUGAAAAAAAGGCAGCAAACUUUCAGCAGGAGUCAAAGGGACACAUGGAAAAGCAAGCAGAGCUGCCCCAUGAGCAGAACUUCUUAGGCUCCUACAAAAAAGGUUUUUUCUUGCCUCUCCAGAAAAGAAUUAUGGGGAAAUAGGGCAAAGGGAGACAAGAAAAUGCAUCAAUUUUUUAUUCUUUCAUGCCUCUGAAAAUUAUGCUAAUAUUAUAAAAUAACCUUGGCUGGACUGCCAUAAGUACGCAUUCUUUGGUUUUUGUUUAACCCUUUGUUUGAAAAACACACUCUAAAUACCAAAGCUGAUGUGUGGGCUCAGAUAGUCACUUCCUGAUCACAGGAGAAUUUCAGAAGGACCAAACCAGAAAAUGAAACUGCUGCAUUCAGUUAUGUUUAAUGAAAUAAAUGUAAGAGAUUUGAAGAGACUUCUUCAGCAAUCUGCUUGAAAGAGUCACAUGGGAUGGGGCCCUAGAGGGAAGAGGGACCCGAGAAAGCUGAUGGAUAGUCAAGGAUUGUUUCUUCUGAGAUCAGGAACCAUCCCAAUGAGCAGCAGGUCAAGCAGAAAUGCCAGGAAGCCUGCAUGGAUGAGCAAGCUGCUCCUGGCAAUGCCUGGACACAAAAACGAAGUAGACCAAAAGUGGAAUUAGGGAGAGGUGAUUUGGGAGGAAUGCAGCAACACUGUUCAAGAUGUAGUUAGAAAAUCUAACGCCCAGCUGGAGAUGAAUCAGUUGAAGGAUGUCAAAGGUAACAAGAAUGGUUUCAGUAAGUGCUUAACUAUCAAAAGGAACACAGGGAAAAUGUGAACCCAUUGCUGAAUGGGGCAGGGCACCUGUUGACACAGACACUGAAAAAUGUGGCAUUUAAAGGGAGAAUAUGAGGAACGUGUUUUGUUGAAAAUUAUGGUAAUGACAAUGUGAAUAAAGUUUUAUUGAUCUCUGCUCUUGGUAGUAACUUAAGGUUGGGAAAUUCUUCUCUGUUGAUUAGCUAAAAGUUACUGUAACACUUAACUGGUAUUUUUCUCUCUGUAUUCCACGACUCAGUAAUAUGAGGUAACUGAAGUGUCAAAACAAGAGCUAAACCCACUAGUUGGCCGGAGCCUGCAUUUUUGCUUUUUUUUGCAUACGAUGCUGUACCCUGCUUGUCUACAUAAUCUGUAAAUGAACACUUGGCACCACACCAUCAUGCAGUAAGGUAAAGAUAAGGGGAUUUGUGUUUUUUUUUUCCCCACAGUGCCACA